UGUCUUUAAGUUGAAUUACAUUACUCUCUUAGGGCUUCCAAUAGCCAAAGAUCAAUCUCUUUAUCUCCAAGUAAAAGAAAACAUGUUGUUUUUGCUUUUCUAUUCCUGUAGGAUGAGGGCCCACUUAGGUACUUAUAUGUACAUGGAAGUAAAUGUAGCAGUAAAUGACUUGAGAAAUAUGAGAAUAUAACACGAAAAUAGUCUAAGAUUUUCCACCAUUUAUGUCUCAACAUGACAGGCUUAUUUGUGCUUAUUUCAUUCAUUUCAUGAGUUUCAACUGUAUGCUAACUGUGUACAGAAUGUACACAGUAAGGUAUUAACAGCAACAACAGUACACUAGCUCUUUCCCUGUAGGCCUCAGACCUAGUUAUAAACCAAAUUCAGUUGCUUGGUUACAAAGAAAAACGUGACAAAGCUUGCAGCGCUCACAGUGCACCCAGGCCAGGCUGACAGUUAAACACAGGGCCUCAGCUGCAUCCACUUAAAAACGUCGGAGCGAUGCACUUCCUGGUUUUUAUUUACAUGGCUCUCGGUGGCUCUUAUGUAUAAUUCACAGCCAGGGAGAUGGAAUGAUCCUCGACAAACACGGCCGUACCUUGGGAGAGUAUUCCUGUGUCUUCGCUCUGGAGAUUGCACCCUCUCUGGCUCUGCACUGAUCUGGGGGUGGUGGACUAACUCCAAUGCUGCACUAUGGCCAAGGGCAACAAGCAGUCAAAAGAGCCCAAAGGCCGGAAGAUCACCCUGAAGAUGGCAAAGCUGGCCCUGAAGCUGACCGUGGAUGGCAAACGUCGGCUGGACCUCAGCAACAUGGAGAUCGCCAGCUUUCCCAAGUGCAUCCUGAAGCUGUGUGAUGUGGACGAGCUGGACCUGAGCCGCAACAUGCUCAAGAAGAUCCCUGACUCCAUCGACAAGUUUGUCAACCUCCGCUGGCUGGAUCUCCACAGCAACCAGCUGGACCACGUUCCGGAAGCUAUCGGGCACCUCCAGAACCUAUACAGCCUUAACCUGUGUAACAACCUACUGAGCAGUAUAGGACUCCCCAACGAGAUUGGCCUCCUGCAGAAGCUGAGGAGCCUCAACCUGGGCAUGAACCUCCUCGAAAGCAUCCCGUCCUCCAUCGCAGCCCUCAAGGAGCUGCGCCACCUGGGUCUGUUCAACAACCAUCUGACCCGGGUGCCCGAGUGCCUCCGCAACCUGCCCCACCUUGAGAGCAUCAACCUGAAGUGUAACCCAAUCCCCUCGGGGGAUGACAAAGGCAUAGACCCCAUCCAGAGGGUGGAAUGUCUGUACCUGGUGAGGGAGAGCUGCCUGUGUGCCUCCUGCCUCAAGAAGGUCAAAGACGCCAGGCAGAGGUUGGACAGCAGGCUAAGCAGAGCCCCUGCUCAUGGGAGGUCCAUCUUCACCGGCCUGAUCACACCCAACUCGGUGGCGCAGGAGGACCAGGCCACCUGGAGGUGAUUGAGGAACCAGGGUUGUGACUAGAUGGAGUACAGCUAUGACCGGAAGUGACUUUUCAUGGCAGGUUAGGAUAGCCUCUAAGCUAACCCUAACCCUUUUCCUAACCUUAACCUAAUACUCCUAACCCGAUACAUUAUUUAUCCUAACCUGCUACAAAAAAAAAGUUACUUCCAGGAAGCUCUAUUUCACCAAGACAGAACCAGGAACCAGGUCCUCCAUGAUCAUCAAAACGUCACCAAGGACAGAUUAUUUAGGAUGAGAACAGUCCAGGUGCUCCAUUGCAAUAGCUGCUUAUUACAAACAAUGUAUAUUAAGCAUAUCAGGAAUUCUGGUAGACAAAAACAUGACAGAGGUUACAGUCAUACAUCCGUAACCACAGCUUUUUAUAAGUGUUCUACUCUACCACCCUCUAGAGUUUGGACUACUGCAAUGUUCUUCAACAAACUACUAGAAUAAAACCUGCCUUAGCUUCACUAUACAGUAUUCUCAUUUGGUGUAUUCUAAAUCAUUUCACAUGUUUCUGUUAAUAAAUAUGAUUUCAUUCUCAUUCUU